ACUACAGCAGUCCCUCUUGUCCCCUCUCAUCAAAGCUGGUUAGUGGUGGCAUGGAAGAUACAUUUGAUUUUCUUCUACAUCAGUAAUUCUGUGUUCUGAACCUCUUAUUCGUAUUUUGCUUCUUUGGAGAAACUGUCCACCACGGCUACGGUUUUUUUCCCCCAGUUCUGCUAAUAGAGGUUUCCCUCUGAUCUUCUCUUGUAAUGAGUUUGAGGCCUGGCUGAGCCACCAAACAUGAAAUCUUCAUUCAGCCCAUGGAAAGGGUUGGGAUUUGUGAUUCAGAAGAACAGUCCAGGAUUGAGGGAGGCAGCAUGGUGUAAUGGAAAUUGCAGUGGACCCACAACCACGGGACCUGUUUUCGAAUUCCAGCUCUGCUUCUUACUACUUCUGAGCCUUGAAAGAAGCAGAUCAUCAACCAGUGGGCCCAGGGAUGGUCAUGGAUGGCCUGGAAUCUGGGGAAAUCACUCCACCUACCAAGAGGAAAAGUAAGUUCUCAGGCUUUGGCAAAAUCUUCAAACCCUGGAAGUGGCGGAAAAAAAAAAGCAGUGACAAGUUCAAAGAAACAUCAGAAGUUCUAGAGCGGAAAAUAUCCAUGCGAAAGCCAAGAGAGGAGCUGGUUAGAAGAGGGCUUCUGUUGGAGGACCCUGUGCAUGGUGGAGAAGAUUCUGGGAAGUUCAGCCAUACUUCAUUAAAGAAUGGCCACACCAUUCCUAUUGGGAAUGCUGGGCCUUCUAAUCCUGGCCAGAUGGAGGAGGAGCUAGGAAGGAUAUCAAGGUUUAAGAAGCCUCUUUCAGGAGAGGAACCAAAGAUGCAACCAGGCUCAUCCGGAAUUCGGCCCAGUUCUGAAUUGGAACUCAUUCCCGAGCCAGCACCCAAGUCGCUUUUACCCCGACCCAAAAGACCCUUGUCAUCUUCUCAGGAAGAAAGCGAUGGGCAAGCAGAUGACACCACUGGUGGCAGCACUGCAAGGACCAUUUCCUCCUCCUCCUCCACUUCUUCUUCCUCCUCCUCCACAGCGCCUACUGCCAGCACUGCAGCCCCAGGCCUAGCAAAGACAGUUAGUUCCUCCAGCACCCCUUCCCCAGCUCCUAGGACUCUGCCUGCUGUUCCUGUCAGCACUAACACGACCGCCACCUUGAAUAUGACCCAGACUGCCCCUGCCAAGCAGCCCCCCAUCCCUCCCCCUAAGCCAGCCAACAGGAACAGUAGCCCUGUUAUCGCUGAACUUUCACAAGCAAUCAACAGUGGCACAUUGUUAGCAAAACCAUCCCCACCUUUACCACCCAAGAGAGGGAUUCCGCCUCCUCUGGUGCCUUCCUUGGAGUCUGCUGCCACCACAACAAAACCUUCAAAUGGUCAGAGAGAGGGGACCAGUUCCUCUGCCUCCAGUUCAGUCCUGAUGAUCCCGCCUCCCUCCCCUUUUCCCCCUCUGCCUACUCAUAUACCUCCUGAACCCUCAUGUUCUCCUCCAUUGCCUCCUAAGACUCUUCAAAUUGUGCCAGAAAUUGAGCACCCACCCUCCCUAGAACUACCUUUAGACGUCCCUCAGCUGGAAGAUCAGGCCUUGGAAGCGCCCAAGAAGACUCCUGACCAGGGCUUUGGAGAGUCCGUCUUACCCUCUCGGCUUCCCCCACUACCACUGCACAUCCGCAUCCAACAAGCCUUGACUUCCCCUCUGCCCAUCACCCCACCACUGGAGGAGUCUCAGAGGGCUCAUUCCUUGCUGUUUGAGAACAGCAAAGGCUUUUCUGAAGACAAUGGUACUCUGGGUCGGACGAGGUCGCUCCCUAUCACCAUUGAAAUGCUUAAAGUUCCAGACGAUGAAGAAGAAGAGGAAGAUGAUCAACCUUGUCCAUCAACUUACGUUGGAGACGUGGCGUCUACCGCAGUCAUUCCUAAGCUCAUACCACAGUGUGUGCAGGAGGAGGAAGAGGAAAAGGGGAGUGACUCUGACUCGGAGGGCCCCAUUUUGUAUAGAGAUGAAGAAGAUGAAGACGAAAGCCAGCACAGUGCUCUGGCUAACAAAGUGAAGAGGAAAGAUACUCUGGCCAUGAAGUUGAAUAGUAAACCUAGUGAAUCAGAGCUGGGCCUGAACUCUUGGCCUCGAAAGAGCAAGGAGGAGUGGAAUGAAAUACGACAUCAGAUUGGGAAUACGUUGAUUAGACGGCUGAGUCAGAGACCAACAGCAGAAGAGCUGGAACAAAGGAACAUACUCCAGCCCAAAAAUGAAGCUGACCGGCAAGCAGAAAAACGAGAAAUCAAACGUCGACUGACCAGAAAGCUUAGUCAAAGGCCUACAGUGGCUGAACUCUUAGCCAGGAAAAUCCUGAGAUUUAAUGAGUAUGUAGAGGUAACCGAUGCUCAGGACUAUGACCGGCGAGCUGACAAGCCCUGGACAAAGUUAACCCCUGCUGACAAGGCUGCCAUUCGAAAGGAGCUCAAUGAGUUUAAAAGUUCAGAGAUGGAAGUUCAUGAAGACAGCAAACAUUUUACACGCUUCCAUCGACCAUGAUGCUGACUUUUGGGGGAGACACUUAAAGGUCCCCAAAACAGGGCUGCUUUCCAGCUUCAGUCUCUCCAUACAUUGAAGACCGUUUAGUUGUCCACAAAUGGACUCACCGUAGUUCUAAGGUGGAUGGCAUCUCUCUGAAUGUAGCAUUUCACUGGAACAAAUGAUCGGAAGGACCCCUGGGGCCAGACUGAACACUAUAUACCAGUGCUUUUCCACCUUUGUGGACUGCAUCUCACACUUCAAGGGGAGCCCAAAGUUCUUGAGAGGAUUUUCAGAUUGCACAUUUUGCUGCCCCUAAGAAACUGCUGCCCUGUGUGAAUGCACUCUGGUACUGCUAGUAUAAUGCCCUGACCAGCAGCAUCCUGGCAGAAUCCCCACUACCCAACCCAGCUGGUGGAGAGACUGGAGCUGCCAGCACCUGCCUCCUGGGAACAAGACAUGCUGCCAUUCCUCACCCCUUGCCCUUCACUCAGCUCACCAGUUGCUGGGACAUACAGGGAAGGUCUUCUGGCCUCCUACGAGGGUGUGUCAUUAAUUAAGGCCAGUCGAAAAGUACUGUCUUAUACCUCGCAUAACACAGCAAUAUUCUCUUCAUUGGACAGUUGGGCCUAAAAGGAUGCCCAUGAUCCAUUGACUUCCAUUUUGACACCAAUCAGCCAGGUUGUUUUUUGUAAAUAAUCUUGAAGAAGUGGUAGGAACAUCUAUUUUUCCUGUUGAUCUUUUCUUUGUUUAGUCUGAGCUACAACCUGGGGUUGGUGAAAUGGGAAAUGUGUAUAUAUUUUCUUAAUGCAAAAACAAAAUGAAAAACUACCCCACAGGUAGGCAGGAAACUGACACCAAUAUGACUUCUGUAUGAUUGGCUUUUGUAUUUUAUUGCACCAAAUGAUAGGCUGAAUCACUACUGACCAAGAACUGUGUUCUCCUGCAAAACUGAGCUGGAGCAAUUCUGUGGCUGAAGGUCCCUCUCCUACCACCAGCCAGAAGCACAGUCAUGCCCAGUGGGCUGGGGCUCAGCAAAUCACAGUGACAGGACUUUGGGAGGAAAUAAAAAGCAGGAUCAUGUACUGCUUCCCUCUCUUGUCUCCUUGGCAGCUUCACCCCAAAGCAGGUUGGCCCUCUCCUGCUGCAUUUGCCCCUUCACACGGAUCACUUCCUCUCUUCCCCCUUUCCCCCAACACCCACAUACUGAUCCCUUCAUCUCUCACCAGCCGCUCAAAGCUCAGCUCAUUUCUCUUCUAGCAAACCAUAGCAUUUGCACCUGGUGCCUAGACCCUAUUUGAUGUCCCACCCUCCAACUCUGUUCCACGAAGGGGUCUCAUUCUUGUUUAUCAUUUUUGCUAUGUCUUAAAAUGACUGAUUCAGAUGCUCUUAGAUUUUUAUGAAAACCAUCUAACCUCCUUUAUUUCCCUAAGAUUCAUACCCAUAAGAGGAGGGAAAAAAAAUGAGUCCUGCUCCCACUGAUAAAUGUGGUUUUGUGGUUUGUUUGGUGUGUGAUUUUUUUUUUCCUAAAGUUUUGUAAUUUGUGCCAGUUUCCUAGAUGGUUUUCUCCUUUUUUCCGCCUUAUAUUCCACCCUAUUCCUUUGGUUUAUCCUCUCCAAUGUUUGUCUCUGUUCUCCUUUUUUCCCCUUUCUAUAUCAGUAUGUCAGUGUGAAGCCUACUGUGAAAUAUUUGAAUUUCAGGUCUCAACAAAGGGCUAAAGUGACCUUUACAGGCAGUGUUUCUUUGGGAGGUUGGGGGGGCAGUAUCCCCUGUCAAGGUAGGUGCUGUGUCAGUGUCCCAUGGUACAAUUUAGGAUGACCAUGGGAAGCAAGUGAUGGUGCUACUGAAGAAUGUGAGUUGUCCUCUGAAGUCAGGUGGGCCCACAUGGGUACCUGCUCACUUGUCUUUUCCUAGCCAUUUGGCCUGCCUGGGGCAUGGCUGGAGCCACAUUUCUAGCUGAAUGACGCCCACACCAGCAUUCUCUGGGGUUUGAGAAGAUGUUUGCUACCUUCCUCUCACUGCCUUCACUUUACAACCCAAAGGUGCCAAGCUGGUACCAGGUUUGGUGUCCUGGGUUACCAGUCUGCCUUCUGUGUGCCACCAGGGAGCCCCAUUAACCUUUCAUCUCAGUCAUGUCCUUCUUUUGGGGGGGUUGGGGGGAACCCAGUCUUUUUCAGGGUUUUUUUAUAAAAUGGAUUUUGAAUUCCCUUUUUCUAUAAUUAUCAAAAUUUCACACAAUGUAAAGAAGAGGUAAAGUUCUUCCUAGAAAAAUCUUGUAUUUUAGACUUCAGAAUACUUUCUUGAUGUACAAAAUCUCUUUGUAGAGGAAAUAAUUACAUUGUAUAUCAGUCUUCCUAUCAAUAAAUAUUAAUUAUUAAAGUAU